AUGGCCAGUCAUAUCAUUGGCAACCGCAACAGUACUCCUGACGCAUCCAAUUCAACCCUUCGUCCGCCGUCGUCUGCUCGCAACCUGGGUUCUCAUCAGCUGCGAGCAUCCGCCGAUAUGUCCGGGUUCCCCUCACCUUUGUCUUCCCGCAGUAUGCGUCCGUCAUCGGAGGUUUUCUACAACCAGCAGUCUCACAAUCAGAACAACAAUGAGGAUGCGCUUGACCGUGCGGGGCAGCAGUGGCUUUCCGACAUUGACCAGUAUGAGACUACUUUGGAAGAGAUGGCGGCAGCUACAUUGGAUCAGGAUUUUAAGGAUGAGCUCAGUGCCAUUGAGCAGUGGUUCCGGGUCCUCAGCGAGGCUGAAAGGACUGCUGCUCUGUACGCCCUGCUGCAGCAGACCACCCAGGUGCAGAUUCGUUUCUUCAUUCAGGUUCUGCAGCAGAUGGCAAAGAGCCAUCCUAUGUCUGGUUUGUUAUCGCCAGCCAACUUUGGCGAAAAGGACGCCAUGUCCAACCGCCUGAAUGACGCUAUGUCAAAGUUGAACGUCGACAGUUCUCGUAACUCCCUUGGCCGUCCUCCGCCGUCCCCAGGUGCCAAGCGCAACUCGGGUCUCGACUCCUCUACCAUCAAUGCGAUGUUCCCGGAUGCUGCUGCGGCCAUUGCGCGGAAGAAGGCCGAAUUCACCCAGCAAACUGGUAAUGCCCCUCCCUCGAACCGUAACAGCGCUGUUUUCGGGGACCGUACGUCGUUUGUUGCGCCUACGAUUUCCGCCCCCGACAACAACGAGGGCUUGGGCCAGCCGCCCUCUUCUCCUUGGACUCAGCGUGGUGGAUCUGACCAGCCACCAAUUGCUCGCCCCAAAUCCUCGUCUGGUCAGCAGCCCAUGGGGCAAUUCAGCCAGCCGUCUGCGUCUUCUGGCUUGCGAUCUCCCCUGCCCACCACCCAGACUGCCACGAUUCCUGCCCCUGACAUCGAGGCGCCUUUGCUGUCACCUUACAAUGUUGGAAACGCUAGCUGGGCAUCCAUGACCAACACCCCUAUGACUGCCACCUUUGGCGGCCAGCAACAGCAGCAGCCACAGCAGCAAGCUGAUAUGGUGGCCAACGCCACCGCAAUGAAGCUCGCUGCUCUGUCUACGGUGAACAAUCGCAUUGCAUUGGAUGAUGCCCGCAAAUACCGUCGGGCUCGCUCCAAUGAUGGACAAGGGAAGAACACGAAUGCCAACAACAACCAGAACAUGUCGCAAGGCCUUACUAGCCCCGGUCUUCCAGGACCAAACGUCGUCUCUGGGCAAUUUUUGAACCCUCAGCAACUUGCUGCAUUGCAGGCCCAACAGCAAGCUGCCAUGGCAGGGCGACGUUCUCGCCCUACAUCUCCUGGAAUCGCCAUGCAGGGUGGCGCUCUCGGUCCUAUGGGAUUCACAUCGCCGCAGAACAAUGGAUUCUUGACGGCCUAUGAUCCCAACAGCGCCCUCCUGGGUAACGGAUUAGGUGCUCUUGGAAUUGGACAGUUUGGCCUUGGUGGUCACGAAGGAUAUCUGUCCGACCACUCCGAGGUUACUCGUGGUCGUUCACCGCGCGGUCGCCGAGGUAGCUCGAAGCCGCCGGAGGACCCCACUGACCCGAGCCUCUUGAAGGACAUCCCCAGCUGGCUGAGGUCUCUGCGUUUGCAUAAAUACACCGACCACUUGAAAGAUCUCAAGUGGACCGAGCUGGUUGAACUCGACGACAAGGCAUUGGAAGAGCGUGGUGUCAACGCCCUGGGUGCUCGAAACAAGAUGCUUAAGGUCUUUGAACAAGUCCGCGAGGCCAAAGCGGAUGGAAAAUUCGAGAGCAAUGCGUGA